UAAUAAUUAAGUUUAAAUUCAUAUCUACAAAAGAUGUCCAGGUUCGCCAAGAAGGUCGGCCAGAAGUCCAUGCGAUUUCAGUUUGAUGUCACAGUCAACUUUGUCGAAAUCCACAUUCCUAUUGAAGCAAAGGUGUUCGUUAUCUGGAAGCGAGGAGCUAAGAGGAUUGAAACAAGAGGGAAAGUAGACAUCACUCCAGAUCACCCUAGGGGUGAACUCAAUGAAACUAUGUCUAUGCUUGCUACUCUUUCAAAGGAUACUGCCAAGGAUAGGUAUAUUGAAAAGAACACUACCUUUACAGUUAAAGUUCUUACAGAAACAAAGAUGAAAAGUAUCGGAAUGAUCAAAAUGAAUCUGGCCAAGUUUGCUGAAAAGCCAGACCAUGAGGAAGAAUUUGUUCUCAGGAAAUGCCCUGACAGAAAUGCUAUUAUUAGCCUCACUAUUAAAAAUACUUUGAUCCAAGCAGAUUGUAAAGAUGCAGAUACCCUCAGUCAGAUGACUGACCUGCGAAGUCUAGAUUCUGCCCCUGAUUCACACUUUGAUUUUGAAGAUCUUAAAAAGGACAGAGAGGAAGAAUCAGCCCUUGAAAGAAAUAUAGACCCAAUGAAGUUAUUAGAAAGAGAUUAUGAUAAGCAAAGAAAGGGACUUCCACCUGCUUUUGGUGCAGCCCAGAUGAAAAACUUAAAAUCAGAUCAAUUUUCAUUACGAGGAAAGGCGGCUACUUCAACAAUGGCAUCCCUUCAUGGAGGUCCCAUCAAGAUCAACAAUAAAUUAGAAGCCAAAGAGGAUAUUUCAGAGACUCCUGAGAAAAUGGAUGACUGCUCUAUCACUUCUGAGGAAAAUACUUUAGUUUCGAAGUCACCAAGAAGCCGAAAAAUGAAAGGAAUGCCUCAAAUGGCAGAUCUCAGUGAAGAUAGCACUCAAAAUGACAAGAAACCAAGAAAGAUCAGUCGUGGGUCUAUCAGAAAGAUCAAACGGAAGAAGGAUAAGGAAGAUGGGAAAGAGACACUUCCAAGUUCAGCUUUCAGCUAUAACCAACCCGAACAGUAUGAAGAAGUAAAGAGAGAUCUCAGUUCAAAAUUCCAAAAAGAAGAUUAUGGUGGCAAUGGCUCCCAGAAUAUUCAAAUUAUUGAAGAAGUCAAGGAACUCAGAUCUAAGAUAAGGAAGCUUGAGUAUGAAAAAGAAGCCUUGAAAGAAGAAAGUAUCAAGGUAAAGCAAAAAUGUGCUGAUGAUAUCAAAGCAGCUAUGGAGGCAACUGGCUCUGAUGACAAAAAGGCAGAAUACUUACAACUUGAGUUAAGCGAAAUCCAGACUACCAAAGAUAAACUUGAGCUAAAGCUUAGCAAAAAGGAUAAUGAAAUCAAUAAAAUGAACCGCAAAUUAGAGGACAAAGACAUAGAUAUCAAGCACAUGAAGGAUAAGAGGAACGAAUUACAAGAUAAAAUAAUCGAAUCUGAGAACAAAACAAAGCAGCUAUCCAUUGAAAUGAAGAACUUUAGAGAGCAAAUUGGUCAUUAUGAGCAAGAGAAUGUUUCUCUCAGAAAUGAAAUUUCCACAUUAAACACUACUUACAAUAGGCUUAAAGAGGAAAACCAGGAAUCAAAUUCGAUGAUCGAGAAGCUAAGAUCACAGUUAGAGAACAAAAGGUCUAGUUUUAAAGAUUCACCAACUGUUGAUAACAGUGAAUUUGAGGAAUACAAAAUAGCAACUGAGGCAUUAAUAGCUGACUCUAAAGACCAAAUAAGAGAACUAGAGAAAAAGAAUGAAGAUCUUGCAAAAGAUUACGAUAGACUACUUCAAGAGAAAGAAGAUGCUGAUACUGAGUAUUUUAAGAAGAGCCAGAAAGCAAAUAAAGACAUAUCACUGCUCCAGCAGACAGAAUCAAGCUUGAAGGCAACAAUCACAGAUUUAGAGAAGAGGGUUGACGAUUUAUUCCAAGAGAGGCUUGAUAAGGAAAGAAGUGGUCUGGAUUCUCACAGUGAGCUUGAAGGCAAAUACAGAGCUCUUGAGUUACAGCUCUCUCAAAAUGCCACUAAAAUUAGAGAUAAGGAUGAUAAGAUCAGAACUCUAGAAAACAAGCUCACUCUUAUAGAAGAGGAUAAGCAAUACAUGAUGUCUCAAGAGGAGCAGAAGCGUGAUGAAAUGAGAGAUGACUUCAGAUUUGAACUCGAAGAACUCAAGGAUAAGGUAACACAGCUCGAGAACAAGAAUGAUCAGUUGCUCAUUGAGAAAGAUAUCCUUCAGCAAAAGCUUGAUAAAGAGGUGGAUAGCAACUUUAACAAUGAUGAUAUUAUGGAAGGAAAUGAGAGACUUUUAUCUCAGAUAAAGAAACUUCAAAAUCAGAUUAAUGAGAAGGACAAUAUGAUUUUAGAUUUGCAGAGUGAACCUAGAUCUCAGGGAGCAUCUGAGCCAAAGACAUUCACCUCUUCGAGAAGGAAGAACGACUCUAACAGAGAGUUAGCAGAGAUGAGCGUUGAAAACGAGUUCUUAAAGAACCAAGUUGAGGAACUUAACGAAAGACUUAAGGAUCUACAAGGGUUUGGAAGAACUUCAGAUAGCUCUGCAUCUGAUGGCUUUUAUAAUAAUAUCAAAGGAGAUGGAAAUCCUGAUGAUGUAAUGAAGAAACUUAAGCAAGAAAAUUCAACUCUGAGCACUGAACUUAUAGAGAUAAAGAUAAAACAUGCUGAAUCUGACCAAGAAAGAAGUGCUAUUCAGCUAAAAUUGAAGGAAAGAAAUGAAAUACUAAAGAAACUUUCUUCUGAGAUUACAAAAUAUGAAUUUGAAAUGGUUAAGGCAAAACAGUCUCUUGGUGAGGUCUUGAAUCAAAACAUCGAGCUUGACGAGUAUAACUCAGAGUUGAUUAGCACCAUCGAAAAAUUAAAAACUAAGAAGAAAAAGAAAUAGCGAUCUUGAGACGAGAGAUAAGCAGAUCACAGAGUUCUUCUAUUAAUUUAUUUAACAAUAAUUGGUAUUUUGUGAUGCAAGAAAGAGGAGAAUGUAUUAACUCAAAAUGAUGUUUC